AGAAAUGGAAGAAAAGAAGUUCAGGAGAAUUUCCCAAAGCCAAAGCUGCCCAUGGUCUUUUUAUUGAGAAAUUAGGGUUCUUUGGAUUUCCGAAAGAGAAAAAGAAGAAAGACAAUGUCUCUGUUUUUCAACCGAAUCUCGAAGUUCACUGUACGCAGGGACAAUGCUCGUUUCUUCUCAUCAUCAUUGCCUCAGUCUCCGUAUUUGCUGCUGGGCGGCAAAAAGUUGCGAGAUUCUCCGGAGGGUCAAAUCGGUAAGCACAGGUUUCUCGACCCGACAACAGGAGAUAGAGUGUAUAGCAGUGAGAAGACGGUUCCAAAGGAGCUCAAUGGACAACCUCUUCUUGGAACAUCACAAGGCUGGGUCGCUUGUCUGGAGAAUAAAGAUUUUACCGUACGUCUCACGGAUCUGUACAAGCCCUGGAUCUCAUCAUCUCCAAAAGUCAUAUCAUUGCCUUCAAUCGGGUUUAAACCCUCGACACAUGCCACGGAAGUGUCUCUCUCUUCUUCUGAUCCUGUCCAUGACAAGGACUUGGUUGUGGCUGCAAAGUUCAGUGAGUAUCAGCUAAGUGUAUGUUGUGACUCUAAGUGGACUCACAUUGACACCCCUUACUCUCUUUUACCACCCUCUGAUCUCAUGUAUUCCAAGAGAGACAAAGCCUUUUACUUUACCAGCUUUAAAGGUCUCUACAUGGGUUCUUUAGAUCUCACCGACAACGAGCUCGACUUUCAAGAACUACGCCUACGAGACCAGCCUAAGAUCGGAGGGGCAGGUUGGGAGAUGUUGGAUAAAUGUUUCAUGAGCAACCACUUAGUGGAAUGUCCCUCUGGUGAACUUUUCUUCAUCAAGUGGUACACAGAUUGCAUUCGCAGACAGCACGGGGAAUAUAUACUUAUGCACGGCAUAACUAAGCGGUUCAUGGUGUUUAGGGAAGAUGAGAAGAGCAAAGACUUUUAUUACACUGAAGAUAUUGGAGAUCUCUGCAUCUUCCUUGGCAAGAGUGAAGCCUUCUGUGUCUCGGCAAGCAUGUACCCGGGGCUCAAGCCUAACUCUAUUUAUUACAUUGGCCCGGGCAUUGGUUCUUACGAUCUUGCUACUGGAAUAGUCCGUUCCUUCGAUCCCCCACGUGAUUCACGUGAACCCUCGCUGGUCCCUUACCCUUAUUGGCUUAAUCCCACUAAUCCCAUUGCUUAACAUUAUUGCUCCUUUCUCAAUCUCUUCUUGGAGCUCUAGCUUGGAUUUGGUUUUAUUUAGUUCAAUAAGUGGUUGAUUGUUUUUGCCACUUUUGUCUUGUGUGUUGUGUUCUAAACCAAGUGAUAUCCAUCAUGCCCCUUUGAGUUUUUGGGUCUUGUGUUGGUUAGGUUUGUGUGA